AUGGUAGUGAUGUGGAAGUGCGUCAGCGGGAAGCAACUCGAUGCUGGAGUACGAGCAACACCGGUGGAAGCGCUGUUGAAGAUCGGUUGGCCAGCAAAGAAAGAAAAACCGCUUGACAAGCUCAGUGACCCUCAUCCUUCGACAACCCCUUGCUACGUGCCCCAAGACGACCGCGGAAUUGCGCAACGCGACCUUGUGGUUUUUAAUUUAGACAAAUGAAGCGUCUCCAUGAAAAUCCUCUGGAUCAAGCUCCUCGAGAACAAACUCCUCGGGAGCAUCUGCUGCCAAGAUGGCCGCUUUUGGAACGUCUCCACGGCGCUCGCGGUGGUCCCGUGUGACGUCAUCCUCCAGAUGCGCGGGGCGUCGCGCGGUGAGGAGGCGGCGAGACGAAUGCCGGCCACCUGCAGCAGCCGCGUCUUGUACCCUGGAGGUCAAGGCUUUGGCGGGGGACUCGCUGGAAUCGCAAC